AAUUUAAAAGAGAGAAGGGAGAAGGAAAUUGGAGUCCAAUGAGUACAGCAGCCAAGAAGUACUGCUGGUAUGUGGAUGCAGGAUAUCCCACUUAUUUUAUAUGCCGUGCAUAUGAAGAUUGUUGUGGUACAAGAUGCUGCAUGCGAGCAUUCUCUAUUCAACGAUUAUGGUAUUUUUGGUUUCUUUUAAUGAUGGGGGUCCUAUUUUGUUGUGGAGCUGGUUUCUUUAUCCGAAGGCGAUUGCAUCCUCCGCAAAUGACUGAUGAACCUCCCUUUACAGUGGGUUUCACCAGGCAGCCUGUUAACACAACUGGAUGUCAGACCACAGCAAAUACUCAGGGUGGAAUGCAAUAUUAUACAGAACCUGGAGCACCUGUUGUUAAUCCCAUUGCAUCAACUUUUCAAAUCCAGCCAAACUUUCCUCUUCUCAACCCAGCCUACCCACCCCCGCCAGCAUACUGCAAUCAGCCACCCCCACCCUAUGAGCAAGUUGUAAAAACCACAAAUAAGGAAGCAGAAAGAUAAAUGUUGGAUAUCGGCAGAAGUAGACGGGCCGACUUUUCUUUUUAGAGACAGACUGGAGAGCUGCAAAUCUUCAGUGAUAUUUCGCUUGACCUGUGUAUAUCCUAGGAAUCGUAUUUAGCUCUGAUGCUUUUGAUAGUUUAAUGAACUUAAGCAUGUAUGAUCAGGCUUUGUAGGAAAUUAUAUGUUUUAUUUAAUAUCUGAAAAUUUAAGUUGGAAGAUCUGUGUAAGGCAAUUACACAUCAAAUUCUGAAGAGAUUGCAUAAAAAGCUAUUCGAUCAUGGUUACAAAUAAAUUGUUUUUGUCUUAAACCUUUGACAAUUUUGGUCAGAUUAAAAUGGAAAAAUCCUUCUCAGUUAAUUGGACGUGUUGAUAUUACAGUUAGCUAAUAUGAAGACAUUUAAUUUUUAUGAUAAAUGGUGAUAACCAAAUAAUGUCCUAUAAAGUAAUUGAAAAUAAUUUUAACAGUUUCAUUUUAGUCUUAUUUUCAUUGGCACCUUGGAGGUUUUGAAAUAAAGUUUUGUAUAGAAGUUUGGAUGUCGUGUCGAAUACAAGUUUACAGUAGCUAGAUGUUUUCUUAGAAUAUUCCAUAAAAUGGAUCAUAUUUAAUGGUGAAUGGAGAAUUUAGUGCUUUGUAAAUUUAUUUAGAACAAAUAGGAAAUUUAAAUGGUAUGAUUGAGCAGACUUCAGCGAUUUUUCAAUGCUCGUGUUUUCUGUUUAUCAAUGAGGUUAAAUCUGUUUUGUCAAUUAGAAAAAUCUUUAAAUAAUUUCUCAACAUAGCAAAAUGGUGUUCAGAAAGAUACAUGACUGCAUUUGCUUAUUUAAAAAAUAUAAACCAUUGAA